AUGCCUUCGUCGUCGACGGAUGCGCUCGAGCGCAAGCGUGUCAACAACAUGAACAGAGCCCGCAUGAAGGCAUUGAAGGCGUUCCUGAGCAGCAACAAGCGUUGCGACGAGCUGCACGAGAAGAUCAGGAAGCUCAGGGGGCAGCUCUCUAAAGAGACCCAGAAGGCACAGGACCAGGGCGAGCAGGUCAAGCAGCUGCAGAAGGAGAACCAACGGCUCGCGAAGGAGAACAAGCAGCAGGGGGAGCUCCUCGAGAAGCAGCAGGCUGAGCUUGACAAGGCCCAGGCUGCGCUUAAGGCCAGCCAGGAGUCUCCUGCGAUGGCGAACGUUCAAGCAAUGGGGAUGACCUCCCUUGGCAAGGCCAUGGAGCGCCCGAACCACACCGAAGACGUCCUCCACCGCACGUUCGCGGUUGCGAUUGCGAAGAAGCCCGCCGCGGCGCUCGCGGAAUCGAUGAUGGUCGGCCCAAUCGACAGGCCAGGCAGCUCGACCGCGUGGGACUUGCCCAUCAAGCACUGGGAGGGCCGAACCCAGAAGACAACCAGCUACGUCGUUGACGUAGUCUCGUCCCCAGGAGAUCUGUCCGCUGUCGACCGGGGCUCGGUCAAGGAAAUGAUGUCGAAGGGGGGGUACAACAGCCUGCCGCCGCCACUGGGGUUCCCCACGAAGACAGAGAUCCCGAUGUUCCUCAACCCUCACGUGUCGAAGCCCGCGGGCGAAGAUUACAUCGUGGUGAAGUUCAUAUCAUUCCUCAACAGGGAGAAGUUCAGCGUCAUCCAGCAGCAGCUGAUCGUUGGCGAGCCCUACGUCCCCGACUGGACCCGCGACCGUCACACGACGCUGAAAACGAUGCACUUGCUGUUCGACAACAUGGGCGGCAUCUUGUUCAAGUACUGGGAGUUCGCGGCGCCAGUCGCGGCGCCAGCGGCCGUCGCGCCUGGUGACGAGGACGGCGUGGAGGAGAAGAAGAGGAAGCUGCGCGUGGGCUUCGACUUCACCAUGGCAGAGGCGCCGCGCGGGAAUUUUGAUUGCGAGCAAAUGCUGUGGGUCGAGCAUCAGCUCGUCGAUCCAGACAGCCCCGUCCGCCACUUCAGGCGCGAGCUCAUUGACAGGGUGCUCAAGAAGAUCCAGGACAGGGACCACUUUGCUGUCAAAGAGACGUAUUACCCGUGCCUGCUUCAUGAUAUUCGCCCAGAGUAUCUGGACAUCGCAAAGCGCAUCAUCAAGACGCUGUUGACGAACAUAUUGCUCACAAUUGGCGAGGCCAAGUUUGGCAAGACACCUCCCAUGCACAUCCCGGCAAUGGCCAUCGCGCGCCGGCACGCCGACAUGGAGAAGGCGCGGGGCAACGAGGUCGUCGCGGCGGUGCGGGCGUCGGCCGAGAUGGACUUCUUCCGCGGGGAGGUCGGGGAGAAAUGGGCUCCUUGCAAAUUCGACGACGGGGACCUCUCCGACCAGCGGCCCCGCGUGCUCAAGGUGCGGGCGGGGAAAAAGCUGGUUGUGGCCGCGUUGCUCGACGCUGGUGUUAUCCCGCGCGCGUCCUGCGUGGUGCGAGAUACCUCCAUCGAUCGGGGGACCUGCACAGCCUCUUUUCCCCUUCCGCCGCAGGCGUUCUUCGACCCGACACAGAUGCAGGCGAGGUUCGGCGGGGAAAACGAGUACAAUGCGUCCGCAGAGCCGUCGCUCGAAGACUGGGCAUUCGCCGUCACCAGUAGCGACAAUGCGAAGAAGACGACGCAGUUCCUCAUCGACAUGACACUGCCUGCCUUCCCCAAGCACUUCUCCAGCAGUCAGAUCGGGGCGAUGCUGAAGCGGUGCAACAUCCUGCUGAACACGAAGACCGCUCUGUACUUCCGCCCAGCUGGCCAGGGUAGCGCUGUCGAGAAGUACCCGCUGUACGAGGGGUACUUGAAACCAGAUGCAGGCAAGGUUCUCUGGGCGUACCUGCAGGACUCCGGCGUUCGCCGCGAUGCCGAGGAGUUCGGCCGUCUGCUCUCGUUCGAGAAGAAGGACAUGGCCGAGCUCAUGGCGAAGCACAUGAAGUCUGCCCGCGCCGCCGCCGCGGCGCUUGAGUACGCAGCCGAGAAGGGCGAUGCGGAUGCGGAGGCGGCCGCGGGCGCGCCAGCGGUGCCCAGCCCCCCUGAUGAUUUCGACGAGCAUGACUUCUUCGGCGACGCCCCUGAGGCUGCUCCAGUUGUGCCGCGCACGCCAGAGGCGGCUCCGACCAAGCGCAUCAAGCUGGAGCCUGGCGUCUGGAAGAACCUGAAGAUCCAGCCAGGCGCCUGCAUCGACCUCAGCACCCCUUCGCCUAAGAAGCGCGAUAUGACGCUGGAGAGGCAGCUCGAGCAGAUCCUGGAUGAGGAGGGGCAGAGGGGUCAGAGCGCGCGGUCCGCCCCCCUCGCGCGACCGCGAGCGAUGUCCCGGUUCUUCCCGCUUCCCAAGAGGGGCAAGGCCCGCGCAGCCAUGGCGCCGCCGCGCUCUCGCAUGAAGGCAAUGAAGACGCCCAUGAAUGCAAUGCAGGCGCCUGCGAAGGGCCGCGCCGUCAAGAAGACCAUCGGCAAGAAGGUUGCCCCACCAAAGGCUGCGCCUUACAUUCGGAACGGCGCCGCGGCCCUUGCGAGGGGUCGCAAGGACCGGGCUGCGUGGGCGAGCUGCAUCAAGGACUUCGUCAAUCGUUCUGAGAAGUUCGUGAUUGACAAGCUGCGCAGAGAGAGCAUCGUGCCGAAGUGGGAUGGGGCGACGCGCCCUCACUGCGGCGAGGGCGUCUUGGGGCCUCUGAAGGACCACGGGGAGAAGAAGGGCUGUCCACAGACGACCACGCGCCUCCUGGUGCGGAGGAACCACAAGGCCGUCGAGAACAUCUACAACUCGCUCCACGCUGCGCGCGCCGCGCACGUGCGCGCCACUGAGCCGAAAAUCAAGUUCGGCGAGGGCGCGGAGUGGCCAGACGUCGAAGCAGACGAGGUGGACCUGGGCAAGAUGGAGGACCCCGACGCGGGGCCCCGCGCUGCGACCCCCAUCAUUUGGGAGCAGUGGGGCGGGAUCGUGCAGCGUGGCGCCCCCGAGUCUCUUGUGCUGUUCCGCCUCCAGCCGAAGAAGACCAAGCGUCGGGCCACAGGCCCUGGGCCCAUCCGCAAGGCGGAUUGGGCGCCCCUCUCAAAGAAGUGGCUGAAGAACAGGAACGUCAUCUUCUACACGGACGGCGCGCGGUCUUAUAAGCUGAAGGAGCAGGGCGUCGUCCACGAUUGGGUCGUCCACAAGAAGAAGAAGGCCAAGGUGAAGGGCAAGUGGGUAUGGCUUAAGCCGUCGCACAGCAAGAAGCGGUACCACGACGUCCCCGACCCGCUGAAGGCUGGCGCCAAGAAGAGGAUCUGGGUCAAGACUGGCACGCAGAUCAUCGACGGCGUCUGGCGCGAGCUCCGCCGUUUCGUCGGCAAGAACAAGGCCGUCGGCUCCGCGCACCUCACGCAGAAGGUCCGCAGCUUCCAGCGGGCGCACUGGAACCGCGGCAAGGACCUCUAG